GAUUAGGUCACAUGAUAUAUGUUUUGAUGUAAUAUGGCGCCUUUAACUAUCACAGCGCAAUAAAAUUUCUAGAAGGAUGUUACCUUUAUUUUAAAUGUAGAACUUGAAACUCAACACAGAAUGCCAGUAGAUAUAAAUCGAUUAACGGAAGGUUGGCUAGAAUUGGAAAGUGACCCAGGUCUAUUUACGUUGCUACUGGAGGAUUUUGGAGUAAAAGGCGUACAAGUAGAAGAAAUAUACGAUUUGCAAAAAUCAUUGGAGGGUCCAGUGUAUGGUUUUAUAUUCCUGUUCCGUUGGAUAGAGGAAAGGAGAUCUAGACGUAAAGUUGUCGAACAAGAUGAAAGUUUUGUGAAAGAUGAGGAAAUUGUUAACAAUAUAUUUUUUGCACAACAGGUUGUGCCCAACAGUUGCGCAACACAUGCGCUGCUCUCUGUAUUACUUAAUUGUCCAAAUAUUCAUCUGGGAACAACUUUAUCCAGAUUGAAAAUGCAUACAUCUGGUAUGUGUCCAGAAAAUAAAGGAUGGGCAAUUGGUAAUACACCUGAACUGGCUUGCGCUCAUAAUUCUCAUGCAAUGCCUCAAGCCAAAAGACGACAAGAUAAAAAUACUGGAGUUUCAACUGGUAGGUUUACUGGAGAAGCCUUUCAUUUUGUUAGUUAUGUACCAAUUAAUGGCAGACUAUUUGAAUUGGAUGGUUUGAAACCAUACCCUAUGGAUCAUGGUCCGUGGAAAGAACACGAAGAGUGGACUGAACAAUUUAGAAGAGUAAUAACAGAUCGUUUAGGGAUGGCAACAGGAGAGCAAUUGCAAGAUAUAAGAUUUAAUUUAAUGGCUGUUGUUCCUGAUCGAAGACUUGCUAUAUCACAUAAAUUAACUAUGUUAAAAACUAAUAGACAAAUAGUGUUAGAGGCAUUGCAACAACUUGUUAAACUAAGUCAUCAAGAUGGAACAGAGAAAAAUUCAAAUGAUUCGGAGAAAUCAGAUAAGUCCUCUGAAAAGAAAACCAAAACUGAGGAGGAAAAUGUCUUGUCUAGCAAAUCAGAAAUUGAUGAAUCUUCAUCAGUACCAGCUAUUACAGUUGAAAGAAACAGUGAUUCUACCACAGAUACCGAGGAACCAGCUUCGAGUAUAACUUCUGGAAAGACGGAAUCAAAUGGUAUGGAGAAAGUAGUAAUGUGUGCACUAGAUUAUGCUACUCCUCUUAGAAUUCAAACUUCACCAGCACAUAGCUCGUCUAGUACUGACACAUCUUCCGAAAUUGGAUCUGCAUUUAAUUCUCCAACACAAGCAUGGGGAUGGAAUUCUGGGCAAAGCAGUCCAACAUCGACGAAAGAUUUCAAAAAGUUCGUCGUAAUUAGAGUGUCCGGGGAUGAAAAGAACGAAGCUGGUUUAAUAGGUCGUUCUCUUGGGAACAUUAAUAUAAAUGGGAAAAGAUUAGUGUCCGACAGCGGACACUUACAUAAGAAAGUUUGUUUGUCGGGAGAAGUUAGAAUACCUCACGCCAGAGUAAAGACUAGUAACGGGGACACCGUUACCGAAGAGAAGAAAGUCGAAAAAAUCGAUCCAAAAUUAUGUUCGAAAUAUCCGGAAUUAUUCGAACCUCAUACGUUUGCACCCAAAGAUCUUCUAGCAUUGUUGAAGAAUUUAGAACACGAAAUUAGUAUCUGCGAGACUAGCUUGAAAGAUGAAAACGACAAAAGAAACAAGUACAAGAUUGACGAUUGUCGUAGAACGCAUAACUACGACGAGUUUAUCUGUACUUUCCUUUCGAUGCUUGCUCAACAAGGCAAAUUAGCGGAAUUGGUCCAACAACACUUGACCUUAAAGAAACACACUUCCGUGUCAGUGAACAGAGUUCAUAGAUCGUCAAAGAAGACUGACACUCGUCCAAACUCAUCGCGCAGACGUCGCGGUAGAACCAAGUGUAAAAAACGAAAAUAAUCUUCAUAAUUGAAUUGAAAUGAUAAUAAUGAAGCUGUUGCCGGAUCUAUUGAAAUGCUAAUUAAAAAGUUUUGGAAUCGUCGGGGGCGCCCAAUUUCAGGACGACAACAAGCGUGUAAUGUAAUUAUACGAUUGUUGAAACAAAAUGCAGCGUGGGUUGUAUCACUCUUUACAACAUUUAUCUACGCAGAAUCGACAGCGCCGAACUAUUCGUACUUUGUGGUACUUCUUUUACUUUCUUACGUAAAUGUCUUGUAGACAAUCGUAAAUUUGUAGCAGUCAGCAGUGCUGGCUACAAUUUUUAUCCUUUUGUUAUUUAAAAUUUAUCUCUGCAUGAUUUAGAAGUUAUGCUUUACAAUUGUACAAAUUAACUUUAUGAUGUAUUUUUUUCAUAUUAAUGUGUGGUUUUUAUCGUUAUGUUAUAUUCAUAGAUACUAUGAAUCUAUCAUGUACUUUUUUGAGUAUAUUUUGAGUAUAUUUUAUCUCUACAUUUAUUGUUUCAUAUAUGAAAUAUAUGGUUUCAUAGAUACACUGUUCUUUAUUUCGCGCCAUGAAUUAUACUCGUCUUAAAUUGCUGUUUUAGUGAGAGGAUUAGGAACGAUGACGAAGAGAAAAGUCACGAGUAUUGUCAAAAACAUUGAAAAUAUUUAUUUCGGUAUUCAUAUACAAGUACACUACACGCUGUGGAUAUGUCCCUUAGAUCUAAAUACUUAUAUCUCCGUACAGCCGGAGAAAGAAGGAUCAAAACUCGUCUUGGAAUCAUGUUUAAUCGUGGACAACGGCCGACCGUGUCUCUAAGUCGCUUUACCAUACUGUAUAGGAACUGUAUUCGAAACGUCCUCAAAGAAGCUAUUUCAAGGGUGCAAGUGUACAAGAGGAGAUAACGGUAGUUUAAUAAAAUUGUUAUUAGUUCCUUCUCCGGCCGAUGCUCGUUAACGCCUUCGAUAUUUGCGCCAUAGUUUCAUCGGCACGAGUAGCGUGCUUUUUGGCAAAAGAAGAAAAAAAAAAAAGAUAAGAAAGGUGCAAUUAUGUACAAAUAUAUCGAUUCAUGGUCGCCGUAUUCGAAGGUAACAUUCUCGUGGGCAAGUAAUCGUGAGAUAAAAGAUUAUUUGGAAUUUGCGAGUAAGAACGACCUUGCGACGAUCACCACAUUUGUGAACGCAUGAUUCGCGUGGCAUCCUCUCUGCAAUCACUAACGUGACCGAUCGCGAAUUAACACAUUCGAUAUUUACAAAGUACACGGGUUCCUCUCUUUCUUGAAAUAUUGUUUCGUCUCUUUUUCUUUCUCUCAAUAAACGUGCUUUCCACGUCGAGCUGUUGAAAAAUUUGCAAUUUCACAGAGGGCUGCGGGAUAGAACGUACAGCUUCGUUAUUAUAGGCACUCGUGGUAUGUUACAGUAGAUCAACUGCAGAACGGUAUACAUCGUGUGUGACUAUCGAGCCGUUGGUACUUGUGUGUUCCAAGUUUGCGUAGUAGUGAAUUAAGAAGAAACA